AUAAUAAAGGAGAAAUUGGGGAUUUUGGACUUUCCCAUCAUUUACGAGAUAAAUCACUUACUGGGUGUGUGGUAACCCGGUGGUAUCGCGCACCCGAAUUAUUAUUAAAAGAAAGGAGAUAUGAUACGGCUAUCGAUAUGUGGGCGAUUGGAUGUGUAUUUGGAGAAAUGCUAAAAGGAAGUCCUAUUCUUCGAGGAAGAUCCGAUCAAGAUCAAUUGGAUCUUAUAUUUAAAUUAUGUGGAACUCCCACCGAAGAAGAUUGGCCAGGUUGGACAUCCAUUACUAAUGAUGUUCAAGUUGUACCGAAUAAUUAUAAAAGAAAA